AUGCCUGCUUACGAUCAAUACUCUGGCGCAAACGUCUGUACUCAAUUUGUGGUGGUGUGCGGUAACAACUCUCUCUACCUCUACGGCGAGCUGUCCAACAGAACCAAAUAUCGUCUGUCUUUGCAGACAACCAACCUCAAAAGCAACAUGGGUCGAAGCGCAAUUUCCAAGCUGGGCCAGUAUAUAAAAUUUGGUUCUGCACAAAUGAUCUUGGAGACCAAGUCUUCGUGA